UUCACAUUUACUACUUCCUGACGUCAUCGUGUAUGUUUUCGUGCUACGUUGAUUUCUGCUACGAUCCAAAUCCACGUAAAUUAAUGUUCAAGCUAACAUAAUUUUCAUAUCUAAAGCUUAAAGAAGGAAUUGAUGAAAUUGUGACGAGCAGGACGGUCAUCAGCAUUCUACAUUCGAGAUGGGAAGUUCAGACUCGAAGCUGAAUUUUAGGAAAGCAGUUGUACAGCUGACAACGAAAACACAGCCUGUAGAAGCAGGUGAUGAUGCAUUCUGGGACCAGUUUUGGGCCGACAGCGUUACCAGUGUGACCGAUGUCUUUGCACUCAUCCCGGCCGCCGAGAUCAGAGCGCUCAGAGAAGAAUCACCAUCCAAUCUAGCAACUCUCUGCUACAAGGCUGUUGAGAAGCUGGUAUCCGCUGCUGAGUCGGGAUGCUCCGCCCCUAGAGACCAACAGGUGGUGCUCAAUGCAGCCCGCCUCCUCACCCGUAUACUCCCUUACAUCUUUGAGGAUCCUGAUUGGAGAGGAUUCUUCUGGUCUACGUUACCCGGCCAAUCGGCAAACAUGGAAGGGUUGGAUGAUUUUAGCGAUGAGGAGUCCCUGCCUCUGGCUCAGUCUCUCCUGGCUGCUUUGUCAGACCUUCUCUUCUGCCCUGAUUUCACCGUGGUAGCUGCCAAGAAAGCUGGACCUGAGAAGCCUGAGGACCCUCAAUCCAUAGACAGCUGUGAGUACAUCUGGGAUGCCGGGGUGGGGUGCGCUACUGCCCCGCCCCACUUUGCCCACCUGGAUCAGAAUCGGACUGAGAUCCUUAAGCUUCUCCUUACCUGCUUCUCAGAAACCAUGUACCUUGCUCCAGCUAAAACAGCUCACACUCCAGCUAGUGAUGCACACAGCCUGCCCAAUCAGUGGAUCAGCUUCUUUUGCUCAUCAGACAACAGACACGCCCUUCCCCUGUUCACCUCUAUGAUAAACAUAGCCUGUGCCUACGACCCUGUGGGCUAUGGAAUGCCAUACAAUCACCUACUCUUCUCGGACACCAGAGAACCGCUGGUAGAGAUCGCUUCACAGAUCCUGGUCGUUACCCUCGAUCAUGCAAACCCUCACAAUGUUGCAUCAUCGGUAGACGGUGCAGAAGAAGUUCACGAGGGAGUGUUACCAGAGAAUUUGUUUGUGAACUACCUGUCCCGCAUCCAUCGAGAGGAAGACUUCCAUUUUAUCCUAAAAGGCAUCACAAGACUCCUGAACAACCCCCUCAUACAGACCUAUCUCCCUGGUUCCACCAAGAAGAUAGCCUUCCACCAGGAGUUACUGGUUCUCUUCUGGAAGAUGUGUGACCACAACAAGAAGUUCCUCUUCUAUGUUCUCAAGAGCAGUGAUGUCUUAGAAGUUCUUGUUCCCAUCCUCUACCAUCUCAAUGAUGCAAGGGCUGAUCAGUCUCGCGUUGGUCUGAUGCACAUUGGUGUUUUCAUCCUCCUGCUCCUGAGCGGAGAGAGGAACUUUGGUGUCCGUCUCAACAAGCCGUACAGUGUACGCGUACCCAUGGACAUUCCAGUGUUCACAGGCACCCAUGCUGAUUUCCUUAUCAUUGUAUUCCAUAAGAUCAUCACAUCAGGGCACCAGCGAUUACAACCCCUCUAUGACUGUCUCCUGACUAUCAUUGUUAACGUGUCACCCUAUCUGAAGAGUUUAUCGAUGGUAUCAGCAAAUAAGAUGCUUCAUCUCCUGGAGGCAUUCUCCACCCCGUGGUUCCUCUUCUCCAGCCCGUCAAAUCAUCAUCUUGUUUUCUUCCUCCUUGAAAUCUUCAACAACAUCAUCCAGUAUCAGUUUGAUGGCAACUCCAACUUGGUGUACACCAUCAUCCGCAAGCGUACAGUGUUCCAUCAACUGGCCAACCUCCCUUCGGACCAAGCCUCUAUCUCCAAGGCUCUGGCUAAGAGGAGUAAGAAGGUAGGCCCUAGUCCAGCUGCGGACUACACCGACCCUGCCUCCAUGGAGGGGUCUAUGCAGGCUGCAGACGCAGAGCCAGGAACCCUCAAAGCUACUCUCCUUGCUACGCCAGGUGUGUCCAUGAUGACAGAGACGUCUAAGGUGAUGCCUGGUGAAGCAGCAGCAGCAGCAGCAGCUAGCAUGGAGAACAGCAAUGCAGAGGAACUCUCAGGGGGUGGUGGCGACAACAUGGCACAGAGCAUCCAGACAGCUCAAGCCGUCUCCCCUCAAAGCGAUACCGAGAGUCACACCUCGGAAUCCAGCAGGGUACCGCCACAGGAUGGCCAAGCGAGGGCGGGCUUCAGCGGCGAUGAUUUCCGUCCGGCUGCCCUGCAGAGGACAGGCUCAACCUCAUCCAGUGCUGCAGCCAGCGUGGCCGGAGAAUGGAGACCAACUCCAGAAUGGGUCCAGUCUUGGAAACAGAAGCUACCCCUUCAGACCAUUAUGCGUCUUCUUCAGGUCUUGGUCCCACAGGUUGAGAAGAUAUGUAUUGACAAAGGACUAACAGAUGAGAGUGAGAUCUUGAAGUUCUUGCAGCACGGUACGCUGGUCGGUCUUCUUCCCGUCCCGCACCCGAUCCUCAUUAGGAAGUAUCAGGCUAACAGCGGGACUACCCUCUGGUUCAGAACAUACAUGUGGGGCGUCAUUUACCUCAGGAACCUGGAGCCACCCAUCUGGUACGACACGGCAGUUCGACUGUUUGAAGUCCAGAGAAUCAACGAGACGUAAUCACAAGAUGCUGCAGUCGUCUUCCAUCAUAUUUAAACCCACUGGAACUUGGACCCACCGAUUUGGUACGAUACGGACGUGAAACUCUUUGAGAUUCAGCGAGUGUGAAGUAACACAGGCAUGCACCGCUACUACCAAGUAUACAAAGCCUCGCUCUCUCCCUCUCUCUUUCUCUCUCUCUGUCGCUCUUUCUUCUCCAUUCUCUCUUUUUUUCUUUUUUUUCUUUAAAAAAAAAAUACUUAUUCCUAUGUAUCUUAUUUAUUUAAUAGCUUAAAGUUGAUCUUGUAAAUGUACAUCCUGAUCCAUGGUUGUAAUUGAUCGUCAUAUAAAUCACAUAUUGAUGAAAACACUUCUCAGCAUAUAUAAAUAUAUAUAUGACGUAUAUAUUGUAUCAGAUUACAUUUUACAAAGAAGAGAAAAACCAAGCUGUUAAAUAUUUCAAUUUUUGCUUCCUGUUAGGAGUGUCCUUAAAGCCUUGUUAAAAAGGGAAAGUUAUAUUUUGAUUUAUUGAAUAUCUGUUCAUUUGCUAGUCCACUGUUUACCUGAUUUUUGUCAUAAUGGAAAGGAACAUGGUCCAAUGCCCCAAUGACAGAAGAGGAGGUCAACAGGUUUUGUUCCAAAGCCUAAGCUUUCAAUGUAGAAUAUACACCCAUACCAUGGAAAAUACAGAGAAUUUUGAAUGUUUUUGUGAACUGUAGACUUUGGUUUUCUCCUGAACCCCUCAAAAAGUUACACUCUGUUUGCAAUGCAAUGAUUUGUGUUGCAAGUUAAAUUAAUCAAAA